AUGGCUGCUCUCUCAAUUGGCCCUUCAUUCCACACAAAACACAGCACAACUCAAGAACACAGAAAGACUAGAAGCAGCCCAAGAAUUCUCAUCCUUCUAUGUUGCCAAAGCCAGAAGCCUGUGGAUACUUCCAAACCAAGAUUGAAGAAAGAGAGCAAAAGGAAGUCAUUGUUGCCACCAUCUUUUGUUCGGUUUGAGAAGUUUGGGAAGGUUUUGCAAGAGAAUUUGAGCCCCAAGCAGAAGGGUGACUGGAAGGAUGUGAUGUUAAUGAGUUUAUCAUUUGCUGUUUAUGUGUAUAUAUCACAGAGGAUUGUUUGUGCUUAUUGUGCUUGGACGUACAUGCCAAAGCAACCAUGGUAG